GCAAUACGAUAAUUUAAACUAUUUUGAUUUCAAUGUGAUUCUCAAAGCGGAUACAAGGAUUCAACUCCCAAGCAAUUUAAUUUCCUUGUAGUUUGAUAGCAACUAGAGCUGGAUUAUACAGUGCUAAUCAAUGGACAUCGUCCCAGCUAGCUUUCACAAACAUACUGAUGUACCUUCCUUCACGCUACACUAGCGAACACAGGAACAUAAGUGUCAACAUAUCAAACCUAUCAGAUCGAAGGGUCAUAAACAACGACUACCUGAGACCUAACCAAAAAAUGUAUUGUCUUAGCAACCUCCUCCCAUCAUCCUCAUGGCCGACUAUUGAUUGCUUUAAAAAUUAUUAUUCAUAGAAAAAAAAGUCAUUUUUAUAGGUUUUUUUUAAAUGCAAUCCAGUGUUCGUGUCAUCACUGUCUCUUAGGGUACAAGUGGACACAUUUGUUUUUUUUACUGAAAGUGAGAUAAGGGAGCUAACUAGGAAAGCUCAGGACUAAUUCGACGUAUUCUAUUUGGUGGCCCUUCAUUUUAAGCUAAUAAGGAUAUCAAGAAGAGACAACAGAAAACUGUCAAGAGUUCCCUUGCUGUAAGCUCCAUCUCAAUGUGGUCAGGACAUGCUCGUUGUCUUCGAGAUUCAUUUUAAAGUAGAUCUGGUCAUCAGAUUAUUUUUGUUGUUUAUCCUUAUGUAGAUCAACUUUCUGAUGGUAAGACUUAACAUACACAUAUACACAAAAAUAUAAAUCGUACAGAAACAAACUCUCAUCGCGAGGCUAUCCUAAGCACAUGAUCAAACGCAAUAGGUUGUUCUGUUAUCACAGAAUGGAAAGACUGCGCUACAUGCUGCGUGUACUGUUGGUAAUUACCCUGGUCUCGCUGGCUCUCUUCUGUGCCGUCACACUGAACAAUUCAGUGAGUAGAUUAGAGUCGUAUCGGAAUAGUUUUAUUGCCCGGGACUGGGGCUACCAGAAGAAGCUCUUCUGGAGCAAUAUGGACACAGCCUAUUUCAGCGGAGAAAACCUCGACUACGAUUCAGUGAGCUUUCAAUCCGCCUACGAUAAGGCCGCCAAGUUAGUCAGAAUAGAAGUCCCAGCUAAUGAGAAACCCAUGCGGCGUUUGCCUGAGGCGAUUAUUAUAGGCGUAUCCAAGUGUGGAACCAGGGCUCUCCUUGAAUACUUAAGCCUCAACCCGUAUGUAGUAACAGCGAAACGUGAAAUGAAUUUCUUCAACAAUGCAACACUGUACAAUCAAGGUCUCGACUGGUACAAGGAGCAGAUGCCCUUGUCUUACUCGAACCAAGUCACCCUGGAGAAGAGUCCAGAUUAUUUCGAGUGUGUCCAGUGUCCACCCCGUGUCCUGUCUAUGAACAGCUCUGUCAAACUUCUGCUACUUCUCCGUGACCCAGUGGAGCGACUCAUCUCGCAGUACAUGCAGCUAAUGGACAAAUAUGUCGGCACUCAAACAAUGCCGUUGUUUGAACAUUGGGUUCGAGAGCCUUCAACGGGAGAAAUCAAUGUCAAGGUCCCUUCUGUACGCGUCAGUAUAUACGCGGACCACGUCAAGAAUUGGCUGAGCCACUUCCCAAGAAAACAAAUUCUCAUCAUUGAUAGCAAAAUGUUGACCAAGAACCCGGUCAGCGAAAUGAACAAAGUGGAAAGCUUCCUGGGACUCAAACCCUAUCUCUCCAAGGACGACAUCUAUUUUAACGAAUCCAAAGGAUUUCAUUGCAUGCGGCUGAGGGCCACCGGAAAAACUCGGUGUCUCGGGGCCACAAAAGGUCGACCCCAUAUCAAAGUGGAGAAAGAGACUUUGUCUACAUUGUAUGCUUUCUACAACCCUCACAAUGAGAGACUGAAAAAUAUCCUUGGAUUUCGUAUGUCAUGGUUCUGAAGGCUUCCAGUCCAAUGAGUUUAUAUUUAGAUGUCAGGAGUAUUACAUGCACAGUGAACAUGCAAAUCAUUUUGUAGAUUAUGUGUAUAUGAUGUCAGUGUUGUACGUGAUCGCAAUGUUGUACAGUGUACAUGAUAUAAUGUUAUAAAUGAUAUAAGUUUUGUAUAUAAUAUAGGCCUACAUUAUGUACAUGUUAUAAAUGCUUUAAAUUAUAUAAGUAUUAAAAGUCAUGUAGAUCUAAAUGUGUACAUGAUAGUACAAGAUAUAGAUGUUUUAUAUUGUGUAGACAGUGUCUAAAUGUAUUUAAUAUGUUGCUCUUGUAAUCAUGAGUUAGGAUUUUUGUUUUCAUGUUCUGAGCCUUGGGUCAAUGUUUUCUUAAAAAAGUAAAUAAAUCAAAGAAAUGUUUGAGACUACACAUCAUUGUGAUCUCUUCCUAGCAAGAGUUUUUAUUAGCUAGCGAAACGCACUAAUUAGAGAAUAGAAGGGCUUGUCAAGACAAUAGAACCUCCACAUCAACUAGCCAUUUAGCACUUCAGGAGUAUACAAUGUGUUACUGAGCUAUCUAGGAGAGUAGCUUAUAAUGUGUUCUCUAGCUAUCUAGGAGAGUAGCUUAUAAUGUGUUCUCUAGCUAUCUAGGAGAGUAGCUUAUAAUGUGUUCUCUAGCUAUCUAGGAGAGUAGCUUAUAAUGUGUUCUCUAGCUAUCUAGGAGAGUAGCUUAUAAUGUGUUCUCUAGCUAUCUAGGAGAGUAGCUUAUAAUGUGUUCUCUAGCUAUCUAGGAGAGUAGCUUAUAAUGUGUUCUCUAGCUAUCUAGGAGAGUAGCUUAUAAUGUGUUCUCUAGCUAUCUAGGAGAGUAGCUUAUAAUGUGUUCUCUAGCUAUCUAGGAGAGUAGCUUAUAAUGUGUUCUCUAGCUAUUUCAUAAAAUGCAAUCUUUUUUUUAUGCUAGCUAACAGAUUCUAAAUAUUUUUUUAUGCUAGCUAACAGAUUAUAAAUAUUGUUUUAUGGUAGCCAACAGAUUAUAAAUAAUUUUUUGCUAGCCAAAUUUAGAUUGUCAAGAGAAUACAUUUCGGUUAAAUGAAUGUCUAGCUAGACAUAGAUCUACCUGCUGGUAGCUACAUUAACUUAGUGAGGACCAUUGUUACAUGUCUAGUAGUUAUAUUUUAUUAGUAAGCUAUAGGUACAUUUUAAAUAGCUAUUUUGUUGUUGUUUGCUUGUUAUGAUAUGGAGGUGAAAAAAUUAUUUCAGCACAUUUUAUGUACGAGUCCUUGCCAUUCCAAUCAAUGAAGCAAUCAGGUAAUCAAUCAGAGAAUAUUAGUUUGCACUACAUCACAUCACAUCAAAUCAACCGCCCCCAUUCUCCAGUGGAGUUCACAGUUUAUUUGUACUCCCCCCCCCUUUAGUUUCGUGUUGUUCUCAUUAAUUAGUUGAGUUUAUUUGAAAAUUAAUUGUUUUGUCCUCAAAUAAAAUAAAAAAAAAGAGGACAUAUUAAGUAACCCAGCACCAAAUAAUCCAGUGAAAGUAUUGGCAGACUGUGUUAAACCAAUUAUAAUGUACUACUAAACUUAUUAUAGCAUGUUAUCUAGGUCUAUCUUAAAAUCUAAAUCGAUAUUACAUUGUCUAGCAGCUUAUACAUCAAUGUCACAUCAAAGAUUUCAAAGCAAAUCUACAAAGUAGAUUUUCGUUUGGUCACGUGAUCACUCCUUCCCCUUUCCCUCCUUUCCCACUUUUCAUUCAAAACACACACACACAAUCACACACAUACUUGGAGUAUAUCAGUGACUAUUAAAAGUGUGUGUGAGUUUGUGUGUGUGUGUGUGUUCUUGGGGAUGGUGCGGAAUGGCCCACGUUUUAUCGCCCCUGAUAACUUUCCAUUAUUUGCCUAGGUUGCAAAUUAUACAAAAUUUGUUCAUCUCUACAUUAUUUUAGUCUCUCAGUAUCAAAUUAUAAGGGGAAACAACUAUUGAAAGAUUAGGUCAUGAUAUGGUUUCUUAGAAGUUAUUUCCGGAUGAACUAAGACUACACCAAAACGAGUCUGUCACAGAGAGUUCAGAUCCAGACUCGGCUACCGCAUGAUCAGUAAGAACAAUGUUUUCCAAUCACUCUUUAAUGCUUGUGAAACUCACUUGUGACCUAUCUCUGGGAACAGUUCUUGUCUCCUUAUGGGAGGAAGUCAGUCUGAACAGUUCAAUGUCACUAGGACUUGUCAUUCCUUUGCAUGGAGCUCAUAUUUUGGAGGAUAGAUUUGAAAAUGAUCUAAAGUUUGAAGUUGUUAAGAUUUAAUGUUUGGUUCAGAAACAUCCUACAGUCUCACAAUAAACGUAGCCUUGUAUUUUAAGAAGAACACCUCAAGAAAUCAGAGACUAAAUUGAAUUUUGGUAAAGAGAAGAGUUGCCUGGACUUUGGAACUCUCUUGGACUAACUCUCUUGGUUAGAAUGCACGAUAUUUUCUACUUGCUUUCGCCCUCACCUAAUGAGGCCAGUAGGGCCGGCCUUAGGCAUAGGCAAACUAGACAGCCAACUAGGGCAUCCGAUUGUUGGGGCCUCGCACAGGACUAAAAAAAAUGUGUAGAGGAGAAAUAGCGAAACUUGUGCCCACUGUUAUUGUUGACAUACACUAUCCUGACUGAAACUUGUGCCCACUGUUAUUGUUGACAUACACUAUCCUGACUGAAACUUGUGCCCACUGUUAUUGUUGACAUACACUAUCCUGACUGAAACUUGUGCCCACUGUUAUUGUUGACAUACACUAUCCUGACUGAAACUUGUGCCCACUGUUAUUGUUGACAUACACUAUCCUGACUGAAACUUGUGCCCACUGUUAUUGUUGACAUACACUAUCCUGACUGAAACUUGUGCCCACUGUUAUUGUUGACAUACACUAUCCUGACUGAAACUUGUGCCCACUGUUAUUGUUGACAUACACUAUCCUGACUGAAACUUGUGCCCACUGUUAUUGUUGACAUACACUAUCCUGACUGAAACUUGUGCCCACUGUUAUUGUUGACAUACACUAUCCUGACUGAAACUUGUGCCCACUGUUAUUGUUGACAUACACUAUCCUGACUGAAACUUGUGCCCACUGUUAUUGUUGACAUACACUAUCCUGACUGAAACUUGUGCCCACUGUUAUUGUUGACAUACACUAUCCUGACUGAAACUUGUGCCCACUGUUAUUGUUGACAUACACUAUCCUGACUGAAACUUGUGCCCACUGUUAUUGUUGACAUACACUAUCCUGACUGAAACUUGUGCCCACUGUUAUUGUUGACAUACACUAUCCUGACUGAAACUUGUGCCCACUGUUAUUGUUGACAUACACUAUCCUGACUGAAACUUGUGCCCACUGUUAUUGUUGACAUACACUAUCCUGACUGAAACUUGUGCCCACUGUUAUUGUUGACAUACACUAUCCUGACUGAAACUUGUGCCCACUGUUAUUGUUGACAUACACUAUCCUGACUGAAACUUGUGCCCACUGUUAUUGUUGACAUACACUAUCCUGACUAGGGUUGAAAGAAACUGGAUCAUUUUAUUGUUUCGUUUCUUAUUGUUUUUAUUUUUCUAUUUCAUUUGGGGCCACAAAUUCACUUCGCAUUGGGCCUCUAAUUAUGUUAGGCCGAACUUGCGGCUAGAACCCCUUUUCAUUACCGAGCAACGCCCUCUGUGUGUGCUUGAGAGAAGGAUAUAGAUAGAUAGAUAGAUAGAUAGAUAGAUAGAUAGAUAGAUAGAUAGAUAGAUAGAUAGAUAGAGACUAGACACAUGGAAAGUAACUUCCUCUAAUCAGUAAGUUAUAAAAUAAACAUCAGAUUGUAGCGGAUACUGUGACUAGUUGAGUAAUUAAGUCAAGUGUAAACUUUCACUUUGUAGCGGCUACUGUGACUAGUUGAGUAAUUAAGUCAAGUGUAAACUUUCACUUUGUAGCGGCUACUGUGACUAGUUGAGUAAUUAAGUCAAGUGUAAACUUUCACUUUGUAGCGGCUACUGUGACCAGUUGAGUAAUUAAGUCAAGUGUAAACUUUCACUUUGUAGCGCUACUGUGACUAGUUGAGUAAUUAAGUCAAGUGUAAACUUUCACUUUCCAACUAAAGAGAAGAAUACAAAGUCUAGAGAUCGCUAGUUGUUAGGAGACUACAUUCACGACCAUUGAUUGACAGAUGCUUUUUUUAAAGAAUCAAUCAUUGUAUCACACCUAACACAAUAGGGUUAAAAAAAAGUUGCUUUAUAACAGCGGUUAUUUGUAAGUUGGCAAUAUAUAUAUAACGCCACAUAGCAUUUGGCUAGUUUACACGUAGUUAGUGUAUUUGUGGUCAGUUUAAUGUUGCCUUUUAGAAGUUUUUUAUGCUUGCUCAAUUUUCAGAGUAUGUUUCUUUUCAUACAUAAUGAAUGAUAUUAUUUUUGAAAACUACGACAUUAGAGUGUAUGUGUCGCAUAGUUCAAUCCUAAUAACAUUAAGCCUUAUAUCGAGAUACUGGUAAGUAAUGUUCUUGUUGAGCAAAGGUGGAUUGAUAAACUGCUGUAGUGACCAUGGAAAUAAAUAAAACUAUCAUUGAUUUUUAUUACUAUCAUUUUCUAUCAGCUUGUAUCACCUGUAUCAUCAACAUCAACUUCUAUCAUCAGCAUUGACGUUCAUGAAAUGUAUCAACAAGUUCGAACAUUCAACAGCGUAUGCUCAAUAAUACUAUGUAGAAGAAUUUCAUUCAAAGUCUUUUUGAUUUGACCAAAAUGUUUUGUUCUUUGUAGGUUUUACAUGUUCUUCCAGAGUUGAAGAUAAUCUACAUCCUAGUCCAAAUCUGCUGCAGGAGACGACAGUGGAUGGCAGAGGGCAGGGUAUGAACCAUAAAACUUGGAAACUAAUUGUAACAUCCAGAUUGAUGUUGACUUUGACUUUGAACAAACUUCAAAAUGAUCAAAUCAAAUGUAUUGAAUUUUAAAGAGACGACAAGUCCAGAAAGAAAACCUUGGCGAAGACAGCGUCCAGAUCUGUAAGUGUAAGGCUGGGCUAUUAGACUCGUUCAUAAAGUGGAACAAGAGACAACCUUGUCGCCGUCCUUGCUAACCUGACUUUCUAUCAGCGUAUUCAACGUCACUGCAAACUUGUAACUUGCAAUUAAGCUUUUGCCAUGAUUAGACCAAUUAUCAUAAAAUUAUCAGGACUUUGUGUAUUGUCUACAGUCUUAAUGGUUCUCACACUAUCUAAGAGUCGUCAAGUCAUGACGGAGACAGAGUCUCGUGGAAGCUACAGCAAAUAUAAAACUUUGGAAAUAAACAGCUUGCCCGAGAAUGAGAUUCCUAGCAAGAGAAAAUUUCUCAAAGUCACUGGACUAAAAGUUCACAAAAGUAUCCCAGAUUCUAUAAUUAUUGGUGUGUCCAAGUGCGGUACGCGUGCAAUGCUAGAAUACCUCAGACUUCAUCCAGAUGUUGCGGCACUGAACGCAGAAAUUGGCUAUUAUUACAACGACUCAAUGUGGAGUCGAGGUCAGGACUGGUACAUCAGCCAGAUGCCAGACUCAGAGCCUGGGCAGAUAACAGUGGUGAAAAGUCCAGACUGCUUCCAGCACCAGGACUGCGCCGACCGAAUCUACGCAGACAACAAGAAGACUAAGCUGUUGGUCCUGCUUCGAGAUCCGGUGGAGAGAUUGGUCUCCCAGUACAUGCAACUCAGGGACAAGCACGACUCCUUUCCCACUUUUGAAAAGUGGAUAAUGGACGAUUCUUCUGAUCAGGUAAACAUUCGAGUAUCCUCUGUCACGGUCAGCGCCUACGCCGUUCAUCUCGUUCGCUGGUUGAACAUAUUCCCCAGAAAACAGCUGCACAUUACCAAAAGUGAAAGUCUGCGAUCAGAUCCAUUAACGGAAAUGAGGUCAGUCGAGAAAUUCUUAAACAUCACGCCAUUUUACUCUGAUGAAGAUUUCUACUACAACGCUAGUCGAGGGUUCUACUGUGUCAGGAACAGAUUAACAUGGAAGACUAAAUGUCUUGGGAAAUCCAAAGGCAGAGAGCAUAUCCCAGUAAAAGAAACUAUUUUGAACAAACUGUAUGCGUUCUACCGUCCUUAUAACGAGCAGCUGAAUCACUUGAUGGAUAUAGCAUUGGAUUGGCCUUAAAAUGUUAGUGUUACAAUGUUGUGAAUCGAUCAUUUAACAAGCCCUUUAGAAAUGAGGGUACCUAGCACUGUAUCAUUAAUGUUCUACUAAUUCCCUGAGUGUUAAUUGUUAUAGACGGAUAGUUUCACUAAGCGAAAUAAAGAUUCAUUUUAAGGUAUUCAUUUUGUGAUCUGGAUGUGCCUUCAUCUCUUACGUCAUCUGUUCCAGAGUAGCCAAUUCUAUUUCAACAUGUGAUUAUCUCCAAUUCUAUUUCAACUAGUGAUUAUCUCCAAUUCUAUUUCAACUAGUGAUUAUCUCCAAUUCUAUUUCAACUAGUGAUAAUCUCCAAUUCUAUUUCAACAAGUGAGUAUCUCCAAUUCUAUUUCAACAAGUGAUUAUCUCCAAUUCUAUUUCAACGAGUGAUUGAGCUUGUUGUGGCUGACACUCAAGUCUUUAAACUCGUUCAUCUAAAGCCCUUAGUCCAGUAUGUGUGUGUGUGUAUGUGUUCACAAACUUCCAUAAUUGUUGUGGUCGAUGUACAACUAUAAAGUGUUUAUACUCGCUAUCUCAUCUAGUAUUUCUACUUUAAGAUUGACUUACUGUGAUCACACAUCAAACUUAACUUUCCAGUUUCAAAUCAAAGAUGUUGGAAAUAGUUUAGGAAAACGACGAUAAAUGCUAGACCACACAUUGUCUUCUUUAUCCCAAUAGUUUGUGUUUGUAGAGCAAUCAUUAGAUUGGAUAGAAAACAAUUGAAGACAAAUGUUUAUAGGAGCGUGACUGAAAUAAGAAACUAAAACUUUGAUUCUGAACUAGGAGUCCCAACUUCACGCUGUUAUCUGACUUUCAUCUGAAUCUUCAUGAUUUGAAUUAUGUAUAUAGGCUUGUGUUUCAGUGUCCGCGUCUUGAAGAUCAAGUGUUAUAGAAUCUUAAGUCUUGUAAGUGUUAUAGAGUAGUGUAUUAUAUUAUAUUAAACGAAUGAAUGAGAGAGAUCGAGAGAGAGAGAGAGAGAGAGAGAGAGAGAGAGAGAGAGAGAAAGAGAGAGAUUGUAACAAUGUAAACACAGUAAAUAAAGGUGACACAAUUAUUAGUUUUUC